UAUUUGUAUAGAGAUAAUUCUUUAUGCGGACUAGAGCUUCAUAGAAUUAUUGAAAAAUGUAAAGAUUUGCGAAAACUGCAUGCUCCAUUUUCAAAUAUUGAUGACGACAGUGUGAUAUUCCUUGCUGAAGAAUGUCUUUUCCUUGAAGAUGUAAAUUUUACUCACUGCCAUCGGCUUACUAAAGAUUCUGUGUUUGCAUUUUCUAAACAUUCCUUGUGUUUAAAAAAAAUCAAUUAUCAAGAUACCUUAAUUGAUCAUAGAUACCUACUUGGACUUGUCAGGAAAUGUCAUAAGCUGGAAGAACUAAUAUUUGACUGUAAUUUGAAUCAAAGCUCAUCUGCAGCUGAUGACAUUACCCAACCUAACAAUGCUUUAGAAGCGGAAGUAAAAGAGACACUUGAUAUUCAAGUAGAACUUAACCAAAGUGAUGAAAUUCCGUUUAUAGAUAUGACAGAAAGUGCUGAUGAGUUUGAGCUGCAGCAUGAUUUAUUGAAGCGCCUGUCAGACAAAGAUUUUGGAAAUUCUAGUCACAAUGAUAGUGGCAUUGGAGAUAAUUCAUACUUGUUAUUUCCUGACUCUGUUCAACAUUCUCCAGUCAAGUGGAGACACUGCCACCUUAAAAAGCUUUCUUUAAAAUACUCAAGAGCAAUGGGACAAUAUCUUCAAGACAUUAUUAGUGAAUGCCCUGAUCUAACAUAUGUUUCACUUGAUGGGGCAGUGGGUCUCUCUGACAAAUUUAUCAUGACCCUGGCAAAGUCAUGUCCUAAUUUACGAAAUCUGAGUGUUUCCUCCUGUGCUUUAACACCUAAGGGUCAAUCCAACAAUGGUUUUGGAGAUCAAGGCUUAUUAGCUUUGACUGAGUACUCUCACAACCUUGAGAUUUUGAGCUUUUUAUAUAACAAAAGAAUCACACCUGUUGGGCUCACAGCACUGUUCCACUCACUUGAUACCACCCUGAGAUCACUUACGUCUGUAAGUCUGUGUGUGGGCAAUGGAUAUGCUUGUAACAUUUCUGUUGUAGCUCUACACGGACUUAAAUACCUGUCAGAGCACUCAAAACAACAACUAAAAGAUGGUGCCUGUACCACUAGAGGAAUAAGUUUCAUGGUGCUUCAUUUAGAUUUCCUGAAAAGAAAAUGUCAUUAA